CAUACCAGUAAAUUAAAGAAAGUAAAACAAAAUUUUAGGCCUCGGAGAAGAGAAGAUGCCGACGAUGUUUGUGAAGCUCGGGCUACCACUGCAUGAUCUGUUCCGGCCGUUUCUUUUUCUAUUCAUGUCCUGCGCAUGCAGGUCCUGGGCGGCCUUGGAGGAUGCCGGUUUUACCUAUAAUGGCUUUCGAGGUGCCAAUAUUAGCCUGGAUGGCAUAGCACAAAUCACACCCAACGGCCUUUUGAUGCUAACCAACCAAUCUCUCCGACAGUUGGGUCAUGCCUUCUAUACCUACCCACUCCACUUCAAGAAUAAUCUAUCCGACGACGGUAAUGUCUUCACUUUCUCUACCACUUUUGUAUUCGGAAUCCUCCCCAAGCUCCAAAAUUUAGGUGGUCAUGGAAUUGCUUUCGUGAUCACACCUUCAGGAGGGUUACCAGGAGCCCAACCGAGCCAAUAUUUAGGCCUCACUGUGUCCAAUAACGGUAAUCCGUACAAUCGUUUUAUUGCAGUGGAGCUCGAUACCAUCCUCAACAAUGAAUUCUCCGAUAUCGAUAGCAACCAUGUUGGUAUCGAUAUUAACAACUUAACCUCUCUCUGUUCUGUUCCUGUAUCUUAUGUUACCAAUGGUGGUAAUCGUAAGAACUUAAGCCUCAUAAGUGGGAAACCAACUCAAGUGUGGGUGGAAUACAAUGGCCUAGAAAAGCGAAUGGAUAUAACGUUGGCUCCGAUUGAUGUCCCUAAACCCAAUAUCCCCCUUCUUUCCUGUUCCCUCAAUCUUUCUCCGAUCAUGCAAGAUCCCAUGUACGUUGGUUUUUCAUCAUCGACGGGCAGCUUUGUUACAAACCAUUACGUGUUGGGAUGGAGCUUUAAGAUGAAUGGACCAGCUAAAGAUCUCACCAUCUCCCAACUUCCUAAGCUACCUCGAUUAGGACCCAGAGAGCAUUCCAAGUUUCUGACAGUGGGACUGCCCAUUAUUGGUCUCAUUUUAGCUUCCGCACUAAUCUCCGUUGUCCUUUCCAUCGUGAGAAGGAAGAUAAAGUUCGCUGAAGUUGUUGAAGAUUGGGAACUAGAGUAUGGGCCUCACAGGUUCAAAUACAGAGAUCUUUACAUCGCCACCAAGGGAUUUAAGGAAAAGGAGCUUCUGGGUAUCGGCGGUUUUGGUAGGGUCUACAGAGGUGUGUUACCCACCUCCAAAAUUCAAGUUGCAGUGAAGAGAGUCUCUCAUGAAUCUAGACAAGGAUUAAGGGAAUUCAUCGCUGAGAUUGUUAGCAUGGGUCGGCUGCGUCAUCGAAACUUGGUACAGCUCUUGGGCUAUUGCCGGCGUCAAAGAGAACUCUUGUUGGUAUACGAUUACAUGCCCCACGGAAGUCUAGAUAAGUUCCUCUUCGACCAACCAAAGGUCACAUUGAAUUGGAGUCAAAGAUUUGGAGUCAUCAAAGGAGUUGCGUCUGGGCUACUUUAUCUGCACGAAGGAUGGGAACAGGUGGUCAUUCACAGAGAUGUCAAGUCCAGCAAUGUUUUAUUAGAUAGUGAAUUUAAUGGAAGAUUAGGAGAUUUUGGCCUCGCAAGACUAUAUGAUCGUGGAGCCGAUCCCAAAACUACACAUGUGGUAGGGACAUUUGGUUACAUUCCACCGGAGAUUACUAGGACCAGAAAGGCAUCACCGAGUACAGAUGUUUUCAGUUUUGGGGCCUUUAUGCUUGAAGUGGCAUGUGGAAGAAGGCCAAUAGAUCCACAAACAUCGUCGACAGACAAGAUAAUUUUGGUGGAUUGGGUGUUCUCUUGUUGGAGUAGAGGAAAGAUUCUUGAGACAGUAGAUCCAAAUCUGGGUAGUGAUUAUGUAACCGAGGAAAUGGAUUUGGUAUUGAAGCUUGGUCUGCUUUGCUCUCACUCCAUUCCGACUGCUAGGCCGACCAUGCGACAGGUAGUGCGGUUAUUGGUCGGUGAUGCCCCUCUACCAGAAUCAUCUUUGCGUGGUCUCGGUGCAACUGGUCAAGCGUUUGCACAUGGUAAAGGCCUCAACAAGUUUGCCACGUCGCAUCCUUCUUCCUCUCUAGGAAAGACUACGACUACACAACUAUCGUUAGUUGCAGAUUCCCUCCUCUCAACCGGUCGUUAAACUUAAUUCAUCUGUUGUAUCUACGUAAAAAACUCUCCUUGUGUUCCGUUGCAUGCUUAGCGUAGAGCGUGGUCAGUUGUGAAUUGUGAUUGUUUUUGUUUUCGUAAUAUCUAUCUAUCUAUCAGUGUGCGUAAGUGGCAUAAUAAUCUUUGAUGAUUAUAAAGGGAGAUGCUGGAUAUAUUAUAUUUUUCC